AUUGAGUUGAAGUAUAUUUGCAACAAACAUGGAAGAUAGAACAUACAUUAAAAAAUUUAUAAACAACAACAGAUCGUUGUUUAUGGAAGAAAUGCCAGCCCUGACAUUUAUUGAAGAGUUUCCCGGACUUGAACCUUAUCAAAGAGAAGAGGCAAGAUGCAAGCAUGUUAAUAGUGGUGACACUAUAGCCAAUUCUUACCUUUUAGAUGCUAUGAUGAGACUAGAUGAUUUUGUGUGGAAGUUUAUUGAAUUUUGCAAUGAAAGAGACAUCUGCCAAAUCCCUAUUCGGCGUAUUGAAAGAGAGUUAGGAAGGCGUACAUCUAAGCCGAGGGGGGCAGAUUACAGCCCAGCUGUUGGUGGUUAUAGAACAAUGGAUCAACCUGUUGGUGGUUAUAGAACAAUGGAUCAACCUGUUGGUGGUUAUAGAACAAUGGAUCAACCUGUUGGUGGUUAUAGAACAAUGGAUCAGCCUGUUGGUGGUUAUAGAACAAUGGAUCGAAGCUCCCAACCUAUUGUUGUAAGGGGUGGUAACUCGGUGGGUGCCUAUUUUAUCAAUAAUCUCAAUCGCUCACACAGUAUCAGCGAAAACACCGAUGUUCUAAAAGCUGGAACAAUAGGUGACGUAAACAGAAAUGAAUUAGACCAAACCAUGAGCAAUCAUUCUACUUUACAAGUGUCAACGGUAUUGAGUGAAUUUCCCGACCUUGAAAUGGGGUCCUUUGAAGGGGAAUCCUUAAAAACAACAAUGCUCUUUGACAAUUUACAGCUCCAGGUAACUAGGCAUAAGGAUAGAGAAACAAACGACUGUCUUUCUGACGAAACUUUAGUCAAGACAAGCUAUAGCGAUUCUACAACAGUUUCAGAUAGUGAGGCAGAUGAGCCCCUACAUGAGGUCACCGAAAUAAUUCCUACAGACGCUGAACCCGUUUCUAAGGUCAGUGAACCUGUUCCUAAUGUUGCCGUACCAGUUGCCGGUCAAGGAAUUAGCGUGGAGGUUUCACAAGAGUCAGCACACGAUUCUGCAAGUGCAUCAAACACUCUUGAAGAAUCUUUUCAAGAUGUCCGCCUCACAAAUACUUCAACUAACAAUUCAAAUAAUUCACAAGCUGUUGUCCCACGUGACAAUUCAAAUAAUUCACAUGCUGUUGUCCCACCUGAACAGAGACAGACAGAAACCCAAAGUGCUAAUGACACUGGAGAACGUACAAUAAACGAUCUGUUGAAAAUAUGCAUGAUUGAACCUUCUGCUGUUCAAUGA